AUGUUUCACCGGAUGCACAGCCGCGUUGGCGCCACGGCGCUCGCUUCAACCUUGCGCAUGCAGCCGAGCCGGAUGAGUAGCUGCCCCGCACGACGCCUUCUCUCAGCAACGGCGGGUUGCAACACGCCGUGCGGGGUGUGCACCGCAUCGGCCGCGACAGCCUCUUCGUUUGCCCUCCACAACGUGCUCCGUGGGUACACUACGACCACCCGCGCACAGCUGAUGCGCGUGCAGGGCCGCGACGACAUCCAAACUCAGAACAGCCCGAUGAGCAGACCGGGCAGCAGUGGUGGCAGCCAGGCGGACAGUCUCACGCCGUUUGUACGUCAGCAUCUCGCCCGCGUGUAUACUCUCCUCGGCUGUGCAUGUUUGACGGCGGGGCUAGGAAGCUUUCUGAUGGUGGCCACGCCGAUGGGACAUGUCAUCCCGUACUGGCUCCCGAUGGUUGGGGGCUUCGUACCGCUGCUUUGGAUGUCCUUUGCCCCGCCAGCGAACCCGUCGCUCAAGCUGGCUCUCUUCUUUUCCUUUGCACUCCUGGAGGGAAUGGCCAUUGCCCCACUCGUGCUCAUGACCAGCAUGAAGGGUGUGCUUACCACGUCUAUUCUGCUGACUGCUGCCGUCUUUGGCGGCUUCAGCUCAGCGGCGUACCUGGCACCGCGCGCCUCCAUGGUAGCGUGGCAGGGCCCGCUGUUUGGCGCCCUGAUCGGCAUGGUCGCACUCUCCCUGCUGAACGUCUUUUACCCCACCGCCAUAGCGCACUCGCUUAUUCUCUACGGAGGCCUUGCGAUCUUUUCUCUCAUGGUGGCAGUGGACACGCAGGCCAUGAUUGAGCGGGCUCGCUGCGGGGCUGGUGACCACGUACAGGACGCAAUGCAGAUGUUCUUGAACGUGGUGAACAUAUUCGUGCGCAUUGCACAGAUCAUGGGCAGCAUGGACCGGUAG